GUUGGUUUAAAAAAAAAAAAAAUUGACGUUUGUUUUUGUGGUUGUGGACAAAAUGGCUUCCUGUCAGAAUUUCAAUUUUGUAAUUUCAUUUUCUCAUUUCUGACUAACCAAUUAACCAUUUACGUAGGUACGCAAUACGCAUUUGAUGCUGCAACUGCAAGGCAUCAAGGCAACAGGGAUAUGGAGUUAAAUACCCAAAACCCAAUAAAACUGAUUUGAGUUGAUGUAUUUCGUGGUAAAGUAAGUUGCUGCUGAAGAUUGAAGAUAGUGAAAAAUAAAAUAUUAGUGAUAAAUAAUUUAUGAACAUCCUGUGCUCAUAAAUUAUCAAGUGUUAGUGCUUCAAUGGAUCUCCCCGACUGUCCCCCGGGGGCGGAGGGGUAUGAAGAUACUGUUACCGAAAUCCCGAAAAUUAAACCAGGACUUGAGAAUUUGCCAUCAAGUACAUGCACUAAGGCUGAACAUGAGUUCAAGGAGCAUUUGAACAGUUUGAAGAUUAAGGUUGAAGAUGGAAGCAUUCGGAAUAUGGCGGAGCGGCGGGGGCGGGACAUAUCUGGGAAAUGGAUAUAUUUGUGCUACCCCUGUGGCUCUGUGUGCUCCGGGGAGACUGUCUUUCAGACUCACAUAUCCGGGAAGAAGCACAAAAGUAAAUUGGCAUCGAGGAAUAUUUGGCCACUUUCGAUUUAUGAGACACAUCCUUGUAUACAGAAUGAAAAAGGGGUAAAAACAGCGAAUUCUGACGUAACUGACACCGUAGUGAAGAAGAUGGCAGCAAGUAUUGAGGUCACGCAGGCGCCCGUCUCGGAGAUGGACAAGAAGUACGGCAAAUAUGUGGGCGUGCCCUGUCACAUUCAGGAAACCCUUGAUAAUGUCAAGGCCCCAUUGCUAGGAGUGGAGUAUUUGAUCGAGCACCCGCCGGAGCAGGCUCACUACGAGCCGUCGUACAUCUGCGUGCUGUGCAUCAAGCAGGGUCACCCGCGCACCAUCGUCAACCACCUCACCUGCUUCUGGCACAGAUACAACUACCUCGAAACCUCAACCGGGGAUCGAACCUAUUACCUCCGCCACUGCGCCACGGAGGCCGUCAAGGUUUGGUUCCUUGUAUUUGAGCUGCGAUGUUGUACGAUGCAGAUGCGCCACUUCCAAACGGCGGGCGCGCUGCUGACGCCGUACCGCCGCCAGUCGCAGAACAAGUACCGCGAGGGCAUCUCCGUCGUCAUCAACCGCAUCUCGCAGCGCAUCCAGGACACGUACGGCCGGCUCAAGCCCGUCAACAUCGACAAGGAGGAAUACGAGAAGGACAAGGAACAGAUACACCAAUGGCUGUUCAAAGGAUUCCAUUUUAGUGAAACUAAAGACUGCACCUUUGAAGAAAUUGUCGAUCCAGACCUCAUCACUUCAUUGGAUUCAACCAAAGUGCCGACUAGUAAAAAACGUGAUCCGUCGCCACCAGUUGUCGCGGCACCAACAAAGCCGGGCGGCUACCAUUUUAAUGCUUCAAAGAGAGGCAAGCCUAUUGAUUUGGAAGCGUUGUCGGACGUGAGCGAUGAACCGGACGUGCACCCGCUUCGUGACGCCAGGGUUCACAGGAACAAGCCGCAGCCGAAGCGCUACGAGCCGUACGCGGACAAGCGGCGCGCGCAGAGCCCGCCUCGCCCCCGGUACAGCGCCCGCAACGCGCCUUUCAAGCGAGAUGACGAGAAGGAGGCGCGUCCGCCGAACUACGCGUACAAGCUGAAGCUGGCGGCGGACCAGCGCGCCACGGCGGAGACGCUGGCGCGCAAGGCGCUCGCCUACCACGAGAAGAACCCCGAGAAGCAUCCGCUGUACCCCGAGGAGUGGAAGAAGUUCUGGAACCGCCGCUACAAGGAGAUACAGGCUGAGGGCGGCGACCCGUCGAAGCACGACUUCAAGCCGGAGUGGAUCGUAUUCUGGACGACGCGCAUGAAGGAGCUGCACGAGGACGAGAUGCGCUCCACCGUGGGCGAGAUCUACCGCCGCCUGCGCGUCACGCCGCCCGACGCGCCCGAGCGCCUGCCCGACAAGAGGAAGUCCCAAGAUCGUCGUAAAUCACCGGAAAGGCGCAGGUCAGUCGACCGACGUCGGUCCCCGGACGUGUCCCGCCGCCGCUCGCCGGAGCAGCGCCGCCGCUCGCCCCCGCGCCGCCGGAGCCCUGAGCCGAGGCGCCCCCCGCACAGGCGGGGCUCCCCGGAGCCGAGGCGGAGAACGCCUGAAUACAGAGAUCGCAGGGAUCACCGCUCUCCCCAACGCAACCCGUCUCCGCCGGUGCAGCGUCGCUCGCCGCUGCGACUGCUCAGGACUCGCUCGAGAAGUCCCUUACCAAGAUCACAGAAUCCGAGUCCGCCUCGCAAAGCUCGCAGCCCGCUGUCCCGUCGCGAGUCGGCGCCGCGCAACCACAGCCCCGGCACAAAGAACUUGACGCCGUUGUCCGAUACCGUGCUGGUGUCGGACGAUGAGCUGAAACCCGACGACGGCCUAUCGCCGUGGAACUCUGAAGACUCGAUGGGCUCGAUUCUGGAGCGUUCGCCCGUGACGCACCGCUCGCGCACCGGCAGCGUGGCGUCGCGGGCCUCGCGCCGCCACGACAAGUACAGCAUGAAGCCCUCCAUAGCACCGCAGGACUUCGGCUCCGCGGAGAACGUGGUCGCCACCUUGAGACUGCUGGUCGCUCUCGAGGACUACUUGGGCAGCUUGGGGCCCAAGAUCGUGGAUUUGUUGGCUGAAGCUCUCAAAAUGGAGAAGGGCAAAGCGAACUCUUCAGAGGAGAUGCUAGAGCAGGAGGGCUCGGUGGUUCUCAUAGAGACGGCGAAGGAAAAACUGAAGGGCGCCGUCCAAGCCGGCCUCGUGUCGGGCAGCGCCGCGGCGGCCGUGCGCGCGGCUGUUGUGCGUGCCGCGGCCACACUGCAUGAAGCCGACAAGAGGAUUAGAAACAAGAAACAGGAGGCCGAGGCGCUGGCGGCGCAAGCGCUGGCCGUGCGCAAGAAGCGCGUACGUUGCCGCCCACGUAUACGCCCGCGCCGUGCGGCCAGGAUGCGAGCGGCGGCGGCGAGUGCGGCGAGCGCGGGCGCGGCGGGCGGCGGUCGCGCGGCGCUGCCGGUGGCGGGCGUGGGUGAGGUGAACCGCGAGCAGAUCGCGCAGCAGAUGGCCGCCGCGCUCAUCGCGCAGGGCAAGACCGACGUCUCGUCGGAGGAGCUGGCGCAGUUGGUGGACGCUGUCGUUGGUAUGGCGGAAGCAAAGAAACGUGAAGCAGAUUCGAAGACGAAAACAGAGGCCCGAGCUGAAAACAACAAGUCGACGCGAGCGACCGCGCCCGGCGCGGUGUCCGGCACGGCCUCCGCCUUGCAGAUGUUGCAGUCCGCUUACGAUGAUAAGAAGGUAGAGAAAGAAGACGCACCGGACGCGAUGGACGGUUUGUCAGACUCUGACCUUGAAACUUUGCUCAAAAACUUCAACGAACUGUCAGCGGAGGAACAGCACAGUCUCAUAGCGUAUUUGAAGAAGCUGGAAGCGCGCGAGCCCGAGCGCGUGGAGAGACUGCGGCAGUACGUGAGCGCGGCGGCGAGCAGCGCGCCGCCUGAACCGGUUGCGGAGCCCGUGAAAGACAAUAAAGACAGCAAAGAGAGUACGGAUAGUCUAGAGCCAGUUACUAUAGAAAGUGAUGAUGAUGAUGACUAUACGGUGGAAGAUGUAUUCAAAUCUGCAACUGAAAAAGUCAAAGAAAAUCGCAUUCGUCAAGAGAUGGAGAUAGUCAAGAAGUCCUUGGAAGAAACAAAAUCUUCGGUUCCCGAAAAGUCACCGGUCACCACUUCAGAAAUUACAAAUGUGACAAAAAGUAUGUCUUCGGCAACAGAUCUGAUGGCACUCGUGCAAAGUGCUUUGCAGCAAACACCUGCCCUGACUUCUUUUCAAAAUAAAACUUCUGACGUUGUAUCAAGUAGUACACAACCUAGAUCUUUUGGAGACCUCCCUGAAGCUCUGCCAAUGGACAAGCUUAAACAACUUAUUCCAUCACUAUCUUUUGACAUUAGCACCUCUAAACCGACCGCUGCUCAAAAUUUACCAAAUCAAUCAGAAAAUAGGGCCAUCCAAAGUACUUCUCAUGCACCAGUUUGGGAGCCAAGACAAACACCAGAAGAUUUUAAUAGAGGAGCUAAUACUCAGCAAGAACAUGAUUCAUACCAAGGAUCUCGAGACCUUAACCAAAAUCCACAAGGAUUUCAAAAUAAUUAUAACGAAGUACCCCAAGACAGUUACAAUCAGGGUGCCCAAGACAACAAUCAGGGCGCCCAAGACAAUUACAAUCAGGGCGCCCAAGACAAUUACAAUCAGGGUGCCCAAGACAAUUACAACCAGGGUGCCCAAGACAGUUACAACCAGGGUGCCCAAGACAGUUACAACCAGGGUGCCCCAGGCAGUUAUAAUCAGGGUGCCCAAGACAAUUACAAUCAAACUCCCCAAGACAGUUACAAUCAGGGUCCCCAGGAUAGAUACAACCAGGGGCCACAAGAUAGUUAUAAUCAGGCGCCGCAAGAUAGUUAUAACCAAGUGCCGCUAGAUAGUUACAAUCAGGGAUCUUUAGACGCUUACAGUCAUGGGCCCCAAAACAGUUACAACCAGGGCCUCCAAGAUAAUUAUCAGGGAUCAAGCAAUUUCAAUCAAGGAUUCCGAGGCGGCCAAGAUAAUUUUAAUCAAGGCUAUAGAGGAUCUCAGAAUAAUUUCAAUCAUGGACCAAGAGGAGGAGGAAAUAACUAUAAUCCGGGACAGCGCGGACCCCACGAUAACUUCAAUCAAAACCAAAGAGGCCCACUGAUCCAGGGUAACCAAAAUAACUUUAAUCAAGGGCCGCCAAACAAUUUUAACCAAGGUCCAAGAGGGCCGCCUGGCAAUCAGUUUUCAGGAAAUUUCAAAGGACAAAUACCUACAAGGGGAACUCAUGAUAAUUCUUAUAACAAUCAGGGUAUGAGAGGAGGCUUUCCCAGGAAUCAGCUGAACCAGCAAUUUGGUAAUCAACAGAAAAAUUUCCGUGGAAGGGGAGGCAGAGGCGGACCCAGAGGUCGCGGAAGAGGCAAUUUCUAGAUGUUAAGCUCUAUAAUUUUAGUUUGUUUUUAAGAGAUGAAAUAAAGGUAAUAAUUAUUUAUUGCCUUACUUUUACAUAAAAUAAUAAAAAUAUAAUAAACCUUUAUUAUUUUACCUCGUGAGAAAUGUAGAUAUAUCUUGUCGCACAUUACGAGACUAACUGCAAGCAAAGCAUUUUCAAUAAUUAACUUUUAACUGACUUCAAAAAAAAGAGGAGGUUCUCAAUUCAACGCGUAUGUUUUUUUUUUUGUUUGUUACCGCAUAACUUCAUUUCUUAAACAAUUUUAAAAAUUCUUUUUAUUGUUUGAAAGAGUAUACUUCCAGAUUGGUCCCAUUUAAUUUUCAUGAAAAUCGGUUUAGUAAUUUUGUGUUAAAAUGAAAAGAACGAUAUUGCCCGUAGGUACUGUGGCGCUGCCAAGCGCCAUUUCGUUUGGCUUGGCACCGCCUUCAAAGUGAUUUUUCGUUUUUUAGUUUAUUUUUGUGAUUUUGAAGUCGUUUAAAUGUUUUUGUUAAAAAAGAUUUUAUUUACUAAAAGGUGUCAUGACAUUACAUUUCGCAAUAGGGUGACACUGUAACUCGGAAAAGUAUUCAGUAUGAAAAAUUCUCUGUAAGCGAACUGGCUCGUAAUGUGCAUUAAUACGAGUAUAUUGUCGGUUAUAUAAAUUGGUACAUUAUCGCUGUGUGCGAUUGCAAUAAACAGGAUUAUAACAAUAA